AUGCCUGAUUCUGGAGAUCAUUCAUCAUCAAUCCCUCCUAUCCCCAGUCCAGUCAUACACAGGCGUAAUCGCACAGUGUCACAAUGUGCUAAGGCGGCUGAAGCUGCUGAAGAUGAAGGAGUUAUUGAAUCCUUCUGCCGUGAAAAAGGUCACGGUUUUAUCAAAACCGAUUCUGGGGACACUCUUUUUGUUCACGUUUUUGAUAUUGAUGGGGAGGUCGUCCCCUUAAAGGGUGAUCGCGUUCACUUCAAGAAGAUCCUUAUCCCCCCUAAGAAUGAGAAAUACCAAGCGGUCCACGUGAGAAUUAUCAACCUGAUUCCAGAGCGUCAUCAGCGCUGGGAAAAUGUGUGCAACCAGUGA